UUGCGCGCGCGUAAACCCCAAUCAUCUGUUUUCUAAAAAUAACUUGACAUUUAUUUUGUGGUUAUGUUCAAAUUAAAAUGACAUUGUGUGGGUCAAUUCAAUUCACAGUGUCUUAACCCCACAAUUUCAGUCACGCAACGCCCCAACAUGUUGAAAACCCCCUGGAUUCGCACUUUGCAAGCCCGCUCGAUGCACCUCCUCAAAGACAAAGCCUUCAUCGACGGCCAAUGGCUCCCCGCCCAAUCAAACAAAGUCUUCUCGGUGACCAACCCCGCCACGGGCGAAGUCAUCGGCACCGCCCCCGACAUGGACCAAUCCGACACCCAGAGUGCCAUCGAGGCGGCUGCCACCGCCUUCAAAACCUGGCAAGACACCACCGCCAAAGACCGCUCGCAUUUCUUACGAAAAUGGUACGAUUUAAUGGUACAAAACCAUGAAAAUCUCGCCAAAAUCGUAACCCUCGAGGCGGGGAAACCCCUAGUGGAGUCCCGCGGUGAAGUCACCUACGGCAACUCCUUCAUCGAGUUUUUCUCCGAAGAGGCGCGCCGCAUCCAUGGGGAAAUCAUCCCAAGUCCCACCCCUACGAAAAAAAUCCUAGUGGAGAAGCACCCAAUUGGAGUCGCCGGACUUAUAGCCCCCUGGAACUUCCCCCAUGCGAUGAUCACACGCAAAGCAGGCGCUGCUUUAGCCUCGGGUUGCACUUGUGUGAUCAAGCCGGCUGAGGAUACCCCUUUUACAGCGCUUGCUUUGAUGGAAUUGGCACAACAAGCGGGGAUUCCCAAAGGGGUACUCAAUGUGGUGACCAGCAGUCGGGAGAAUGCCCCCCAAAUCGGGAAUUUACUAUGCGAGAGCCCUCUAGUAGCCGGGAUAUCAUUCACGGGCUCCACACAAGUGGGGAAACUGUUAUACCGACAGUGCUCCUCAGGGAUUAAAAGAAUCGGACUUGAAUUAGGCGGGAAUGCCCCUUUUAUUGUUUUUGAUUCGGCCAAAGUUGGCAAUGCUGUUAAGGGGGCCAUGGCGUCGAAAUUCCGCAAUUGUGGGCAAACUUGCGUCUCCUCAAACCGUUUCCUCGUCCAAAGACAAGUCUACGACUCGUUUGUUGAUCAAUUGGUGAAGGAAAUCCAAGGUUUGAAGAUGGGCAAUGGGCAAGAAGCGGGGGUUCAAGUGGGGCCGUUGAUAAACCACACGCAGUUUGAUAAAGUCUCAGAUUUGGUCAAGGAUGCGGUCAGUAAGGGGGCAAAGGUUUUGACAGGGGGCAAACCCGCGACACAAUUUGGGGAACUGUUCUACGAACCUACCGUUUUGACUGAUAUUAAAGAAAAUAUGAGGGUUUAUACCGAAGAGGUUUUUGGGCCUAUUGUCAACAUUUUUCGAUUUGAAACGGAAGAGGAGGGUCUUCGGAUUGCCAAUAGUACGGAAAGGGGGCUAGCGGGGUAUUUCUACUCGGAGGAUGUUGCUCAGAUUUUCAGGGUGGCGAGGAAACUCGAAGUGGGGAUGUGUGGGGUUAAUGAAGGGAUUAUUUCGACGGCAGAGGCGCCCUUUGGAGGGAUUAAGGAGUCGGGGUUAGGGAGGGAAGGGUCCCAUCAUGGGAUCGACGAUUUCACCUAUAUUAAGUAUAUUUGUGUCGGUAAUUUGUGAAUAUUUUUUCAAUUUUAAGCAUUCCAUAAGUGAUGGAAAAGUGUUUUUUUAUCACUCUUAGUGAAUGUUAAUGAACUUUACUAGGCUAUUUCCGCGUUGUUAGAUGUGCUUUUGCCAAGUUGUUUAAAUAUAGUUUCUUAAGUGUCAAGAGCUACCUGUAUUUUUUCUGUUAUUUAGUUCUAGGAAAAAAAAAUCGUUUUGUCAAGUUGUAUAAAAAAAAGUCUUCCACAAAGUCUUCCAUUUUGCGCCUUUGGCAAAUAUUUUUUGUUUCUAAUAGAAUCAAGUGGUUAUUUAGUAAUAGAUUAUCUAUCAAAGUGUUUUAUUCUCAUUUCAACUCAAUGUUCAUGUGUUAUUUCUAUGUAUAAUUGUUUUUUUUUUGUUUAAUAAAUCUGAAGUAAA